GGGAUUACCCCGAGGGCAAGUGCCUUUCGGAAGCCAACAAGGGCAACUCAACUUCCAUUGGGACGCAGCCAAGGCUAGUGGCGGAUUGAGGAGGAGCCUCCGAAUGCCCGGCCUUCGUCGGAUGGGUCGGCUGAGUCCUUCAAACCAUAAACAUGUGAUUCAGAGUGGUUCCAGGCGACUCCUGAUGACGUAUUUUGUGUGCGGCGAGCUCUUGUCAGCUGACUACCCGUCAUACGAUAACACCAGAAGCAACUGCCGACACCAAAACGUUAGUUCUAAACGUUCAAGUUCCACAAGCAACGAAUGAAGGCAAUCUAACGUGACAGCAAUGAUUCAGCGCGUCUUCAUUUGCGUCCUUUUAUCAUUGGCGCCACUUCUGGAAGUUUGGAGUCAACCUCUUCAAAGUCUGGACGGCCUAUGGAGCUUGUGGAACUCCAACCAGUCCUUGUCGCUCCCCGCCCGGGUGCCAGGCUGCGUCCACUCGGCUUUGCUGCAGCGAGGCUUCAUCCAGGACCCAUACUUCCGGUUCAAUGACCUGGCUUAUCAGUGGAUCUCUCUGGACAACUGGACCUACGUGACCACAUUUGCCGUGUCCGACCAGCUGAGGUCCAAGCAGGAAGUGCUCCUCAUCUUCGAUGGCGUGGACACGGUAGCGUCAGUUUGGCUCAAUGAUGUAUUCGUUGGCCGCACUGACAACAUGUUUCGCCAAUAUUUCUUCCCCGUGGGAAAGCUGCUGAAGGAGGAGGAGAACGUGCUGAGGGUGGACUUCCUGUCUCCAGUCUUGUACGCAAACGAGAGGAGGAAAGCUCAUUCUGCCUACAGAGUUCCUCCCGAGUGUCCUCCGGAUGUUCAGAAGGGGCUGUGUCACGUCAAUUUCAUCAGGAAGGAACAGAGCUCCUUCAGCUGGGACUGGGGCCCGUCCUUCCCCACCAUGGGGCUGUGGAAAGGAGUCCGGCUGGAGGCCUUCGAUGCAAUGCGGCUGGUCCAGUUUUCAGCUGUCCCCCUUUACAACACAAGCCUCUCUCAGUGGACCCUUCAGGUCGAGCUCCUCAUGGAGGCGCUGCGGCCGACACAUGCCAAGAUCACGCUCACCGUCCCUGAGCUGCUGUCACAGCGGACGCUCCCCUCUCGGUUUCUUCCGGGGACAACCAAACAAAUCUUCACUUUGCAUAUCAACACGAGUAGUCCCGUCAGGCUGUGGUGGCCCAACGGCCUCGGCGAGCAACCUUCAUACCGCCUCCUUGUCACGGUGUCGUCUCAGGACGGAUUGUUUCUCCUGGACCGAGAGUCAAAGGUGUAUUUCCGCACAGUUGAACUCAUCCAGGAGCCCAUUCCCGGCUCUCCUGGCCUGAGUUUUUAUUUCCGCAUCAACGGGAAGUCAGUUUUCCUGAAAGGCUCCAACUGGAUCCCAGCGCACGCCUUCCAGGACCAGAUCACGCCUGACGUCUUGAGGAACUUGCUGAAGUCAGCGGUGGACGCCAACAUGAACACGCUGCGAGUUUGGGGAGGAGGAGUUUAUGAACAAGAUGUCUUCUACAGUUUGUGUGACGAGAUGGGACUCAUGGUGUGGCAGGAUUUCAUGUUUGCUUGUGCGACGUAUCCAACAGAGGAGGACUUCAUUGGCACCGUCAGAGAAGAAGUCAUCCAACAGGUUUGGCGUCUGAAGUCUCACCCAUCCAUCAUCGUUUGGGGCGCAAACAAUGAAAACGAAGCAGCGCUGGCGACAAACUGGUUCGACAUCCCACCCUGGCAGAGGCAGACGUACCUGAAAGACUACGUGACGCUGUACGUGGACAACAUCAUGGCUGCGGUCAAGGAGGAGGAUCCCAGCCGUCCUUUCCUGAUCUCUAGUCCGACAAACGGAGCACAGUCGGAGCGUGAAGGCUACGUGGCGGCCGAUCCCUACGACCCCCACUAUGGCGACACCCACUUUUACAGCUACCGCCACGACUGCUUGGACUGGCGGGCUUUCCCUCGGACACGCUUCGCCUCCGAGUACGGCUUCCAGUCCUGGCCUUCUUUCUCCACACUGCAGCCGGUCUCCGUUCCAGAGGACUGGAGCUACAACAGCACCUUCUCCUCCCACCGCCAGCACCACCUGGAUGGCAACCAGCAGAUGUUAGAGCAGGCUGCCAUACACUUCAACCUGCCCAACUCCAGCCAGCCCCUCCGGAGGUUUAAAGACACGCUCUACCUGACGCAGGUGAUGCAGGCUCAAUGCGUGAAGACUCAGACCGACUUUUACCGCCGUAGCCGCAGCGAGAUCGUAGAUGGCAAAGGCCACACCAUGGGCGCCCUCUACUGGCAGCUCAAUGACAUUUGGCAGGCGCCCUCUUGGUCCUCCAUUGAGUUUGGCGGGAAGUGGAAAAUGCUGCAUUAUUUCGCUCAGGACUUCUUUGCCGACAUUCUUCCUGUUAGCUUCGAGGAUAGCGACACGCUGUUCAUCUACGCCGUGUCGGAUCUAAGUCGAGAGAUUCAAGUCAGAGCUGUGGUGUACGUGUACAAGUGGAGCGAUCCUGAUCCUGUUUGCACCCUGAAAUCCAAGCUGCUUCUCAUCCCAGGAGGAAGUGCGAUGACGGUGUUUCAACAGCCAAUCAGCACCCUGCUCGCAGGAUGCGCUGGCUGCACCCGCCUGGACUGCCUCCUCACCUUCCAGUUGGAGGACAGCAGGGGGCAGCAGCAAGGGCCCUCCAACCACCACUUCCUGUGCUCGCUCAAAGAUGCUCGGGGCCUCCGGCGGCCCAACAUCGUGGCCAAAGUGCAGGUAGAUAAGGAGGGAUUGGUUGUCCAGCUCCGAUCCGCCGCCGUUGCUCCUUUUGUGUGGCUUGACGCCAGAAAUAUUCCUGGACGCUUCAGCUCCAACGGCUUCCUGAUGCUUUCCAGGAACAGGACGGUGGUUUUUCACACAUGGAGACCCACCAGUGUUGCAGAACUCUCCAGAUCCCUCACUGUCACGUCUUUGAGUGACAUUUAUUCACCUUGAUCCACUUGGUGAA